UGGAGUUUCAGGUUUGUCGCUUAUGGGUUUCGGGGUAGCGGUGACGCGCGUUGCCCUGAUCACCGACUAAUUUCCAUCUUUUCGUCUUCAUGCAUUAGAUUGUAUGAAUUUAGUCUUAGAUAAGUAUGACUGAGAGCGAAGGGAAUAAAAAUGAGGAUUGUCAUGCAGCGAAUGGUGUGAAACCAGGAAGAAAUGGCAUGGUGAAGAACCAUCAUCACCAUCAUCAGUAUCAAAAGCAGGAGAAGGUUUACCACGCUGCAUGCAAUGGAGAACUUUACAGCAGGCCAUUCAUCGAGUCCUUUGAGGAGACUCCCAUGCUGGUCGCCGUGCUCACGUACAUGGGCUAUGGCAUCCUCACGAUCUUUGGAUAUCUGCGGGAUUUCAUGAGGGAGUGGAAAAUAGAAAAAUGCCACAUAGCCAGAGAAAGGGAGGAGCAGAAGGACUUUGUUCCACUUUAUCAAGACUUUGAGAAUUUCUACACUAGGAAUUUAUACAUGAGGAUUCGGGACAGCUGGAACAGGCCCAUUUGCAGUGUUCCUGGGGCCACGUUUGACCUUGCUGAGCGCAGUUCCAAUGAUUACAACUGGACCUUUGAGUACACUGGGCGAGUGGUGAAGGAUGUGAUAAACCUUGGCUCGUAUAAUUAUCUGGGCUUUGCAGAGAACACAGGCGCCUGUGCCACAGCUGCUGGAGAGGUGACGGUGAAACUUGGGGUGGGCGUGGCCAGCACUAGACAGGAAAUGGGCAACCUCGACAGGCACGAAGAGUUGGAGAAACUGGCGGCGUCAUUCCUGGGAGUGGAGUCUGCUAUGGCUUUUGGCAUGGGGUUUGCAACCAACUCCAUGAACAUUCCUGCAAUAGCUGGCAAGGGAUGUCUGAUUCUCAGUGACGAGUUGAACCAUGCCUCUCUGGUACUGGGAGCCCGACUGUCCGGCUCCACCAUCCGGGUCUUUAAACACAAUAAUAUGCAGAGCCUGGAGAAGUUGCUCAGAGACGCUAUCGUUCAUGGUCAGCCUAGAACACAUCGACCCUGGAAGAAAAUCCUCAUCCUUGUGGAGGGCAUCUACAGUAUGGAGGGCUCCAUUAUACGGCUGCCAGAAGUUAUAGCCCUGAAAAAGAAGUACAAGGCCUAUCUUUAUCUGGAUGAGGCUCACAGUAUCGGGGCAUUAGGACCCAACGGUCGAGGGGUGGUGGAGUAUUUUGGAUUGGACCCCAAAGAUGUAGACGUCAUGAUGGGCACCUUCACAAAGAGCUUCGGAGCUGCUGGUGGAUACAUAGGAGGGAGGAAGGAUUUAAUAGACUACCUACGAAAUCACUCUCACAGUGCAGUUUACGCCACCUCUAUGUCGCUUCCUGUCGUGGAGCAAAUCAUCACUUCUAUGAAGUGCAUUAUGGGGAAGGAUGGAACAACAAUAGAUGAGUGUGAACUGAAACUUAUGAGAGGAAGUAAAUGGACAGAUGUAAUUUUUUUUCAAGCAAGUAAAUAAUCAACUGUGUGUUGUUGAGUGCACCACAAGGUGGCAGGAUUGCCCCAAAAAACAUUAUCAGCUUGCAAGGAUGUACUAUGGAUGGUCUUCAGCAUUUUGAAGCUGCUUUACAUUACUGUAUAUGUCUCUGUAUUUACAUGCCAGAUGUGUUUUUUGUAUUUAUUUAUUUUUUAUCAAAGUGCCAUUCUAGAACUUGCAUAUCGCAGUAGAUAAUUCAGGUGGCAUAGAUCUAGAUCAAGUCGUAAACAUUUCAAGUAAGAAUGCUGUGUCACAAAGUCACGAGAUGAAGGUGUUAAGCAAAAUCAGCCUGUGUGUGUGUGUGUGUGUGUGUUUCAUCUGGCAAUCAGUCGUACAGUAAACACAGUCACAUCUUCCUCCAUGUUAUUUCCUGUUCUCAUCUGCACAUCAUUCACUGAAAAGCGUCCCUUUACUUUGUCAACUCCAUUGUUCUUGUCUUUGCUUUUUGCCUGUUUUAUUUCACUGUGAAAAUACAAUCUUUAUGUUUGUUUGCUCUGUGCGCUCUGGAUUAACUUGGCUCAGAAACUGAAAUAAGUGUUUCUCAAGGAUCACUUUGAAGUGGGACGAAGGGGGGAAAAAAAGAUCUGUCGAUGUGAGAUUUUUCUUCAUACAAUUUCCCAGCGCUCAUGAAAUGAGACUGAUUAGUUCAACAGCUGUACACGGACUCCGUCCAGGUAAAAUAUUUAGCUCGGAGUUUAAACCUCAGAAAUGUGUUAACAAUUACCCAUGUAACUAGUGUGAUCUGGCCCUUUGGUUAGACCCACCAAACUGCCUGUUUUCCCCCUGCCACUCAAUCAACGCUGGCAGCUACAACAAACAGGCUCUACCGGUCCGCCGGGGCCAGGUGAAGUGCUCAAUAUGACUAAUAUGAGUAUUACUUUGCUUGGCUAAGGGCUAUUUUCAUCUCCUUACAAAGACUUAUUGUUUCCAUCAUCCUACAAUAUGUCUCUUGAGAACAUCUUGCUGUCUCCCAGCGACUUUUCUCUUCUCCUUCACCUGCUAAUGGACUUCCUGACUUUCAACAGCAUCUCACACUGAUGCAAAAAAAAGAUCUAAACUCUUGACCUAUGAUACUAAACUCUUAAAAUAAGAUAUGAGACGAUCCAGCUCUGGUUUGGCAUUAAUAAGGUGCUAUUUUUAUAUAAUUAUUUCUAUUUUCAAGACAAAAUGCAAUUAAUUAUAGAGUGGCAUUGUUUUUUCUUUUCAGUAUUUCAGUCUCUCCCAAAACCAGUCGAGAACAGGCUAGAAAUUAAUUAUUACAAAGUUAUGACCAUUACAAAUUCUACAUAAAAAUAAGAACAUAUAAAUAUAUCAUUAAUAUAUAACUACGUGGUUUUUAAAAAACAAAACAAAAAAAACAAUCAUAUAAUAUUCUUAAUAUGCACACAAAUUCACUUUUUUUAUCUAGAACUACAAAGAAUUGCUAUGCAAAAGUAUUUGAGUGCAAAUGGGGCUUUUAGAUGCAUGCAGUAAUAACGGUACUGAUUAACCGAUGACAUUUAUGUAGAUUAACUGCUGAUAUUGAAGCAUCUAAGAGUUAGAACAAAGGUGGUCCUGAACAAUCAGUGUGUUUGUGUCCGAUUGAGUUUGUUGGGGGGUUGAUGCUCAAAGAAAACUAAUCAAGCAAAGGUCAACUGGGAGACAUCCUGUGUAUCCUCAUGGGAACUGAAACUCCUUCAUCCCUGCUUUCUUUGGUCCUUUUAUUCUCCGAUUAUGCAUCCAACUCCACACAUCCACACUUGAUCUGCUCUGUUUCACGCACAUGUUUGAUUUAAAGCCUGCAGCACUGUAUUGAUCUGACAAGUGACUUCAGUGUGAACAAAUUGCCUCCAGCACUCAUUUACUGCCAGGUUUACGAUUUAUAUUCUUUCAUAAAGUUUCAUUUCACUUCUGUUGUUGCAAAACAAAGAUUUCCAUCCCACUUUUCAAGCUUUUGGAAUAUUAAACUGUUUCAAUGGUUCUUGAAGGCAGUUUGACACCUACUUUCAUGUGCCAAGUUUGCUUUGGAUGUUCACUGUACUUGGGUAAUUUUAGUGAGUGUAGCCGAUUUCAUCAUCAGGAUGACUAUUAUGUAGAGUUGGUUUCAUUAUAUAGUUUUCAUUUCAUUGAGUGGCUUGUUAGCAUUUCUCCUCCAUGCACACUGCAUACACACACACACACACACACACACACACAAAUGUAUGUAUGUGUAUGUAU